AUGAAUAUCUGUUUCUUCUUCCUGAAGAUGAUGAUGUUUAUAUUUAAUGGAGUGAUCUUUCUAGGGGGCCUGGCUUUGCUGGGCAUUGGUAUCUGGGUGAAGGUAGAUGGUGAUUCCUUUGUGAAGAUCCUUGGCGUUGCUGCACCACAGUUGAUGCUUCUGCUCCACGUGGGUUAUUUGUGCAUGGCAGUUGGCACCUUCCUUUUCAUCAUGGGCUUUUUGGGAUGUUGGGGAGCUAUGAAAGAAAGCAGAUGUCUUUUGCUAGUGUUCUUUGCAGUUAUACUAGUAAUCUUCAUAGCAGAAGUAGUGGGUGCUGUUGUGGUGCUGAUUUUCUCCACUGUGACAGAUAUAUUUGUUCAAUAUUUGAAAAACUGGGCCAUGAAGACUUUAAAAGAAGACUAUGGGAGGCAAGAAGACCUCACAGCCAUUUGGGACACUACAAUGAAGCAGCUGAACUGCUGUGGAUUCAACAACUAUGCCGAUUUCAACACUUCCUACUUCUAUCACACUCAUGAGAAAUAUCCUUCUCUUUGCUGCCUGUCCAGCAGAGAAUGCCAGCAAUUUGAAAUAGACUACACAAAGCAGGGCUGCUUAUUUGAAUUUGACAUGUUUCUGAACCACAAUGGGAAGAUUGUCGGAGGAGUAGCUGUAGCAGUUGGGAUGGUUGAGCUGGCUGCCAUGGUCGUCUCCUUGAUCCUCUAUCAUCAUAUUGGUACAAAGGUCUGA